CCACCACCGUCGACCGCUGCCGUUGACAGUCGUCGGAAAUCGCCGCCACCAGAAGCUACUCGCGACUACCGCACGCAGUCGCACAGUCCCGUGCCCAGCCGCGUGUUGCCCAGCUCUGGUCCCAGCUCCCAGCAACACAACCCCGCGCCACUGUGCCUAGCCGUCCCAGCUUGCUCGUUCCCUUUGAUCGAUCGAGGGAAUGAGGAGGCAAAUCGUGCUACGAUCGGCACUGUCGAAGUCGUGCUGGCGUUAGCUUCUAGAGGGGUCAAAGUGCUCGUCGCGGUGCGGGGGCGUAGAGCGGCAGAGGAUGGCGAACGUGCUAAAUCAGCGGCGGGGCAAUCCCGGAAGGCCCUGAGGAGAAAACGACGUCGAAAGCUGAUGGAGGCGGGACUGGGCUGGUGGGGCCAAGUGCAGACACCCUUACGUCGUGCUCAUGCCACGGAACGACACCUGUGGGCGGGGCCGGAAGCCUAUGGAAACCUAGAGAAAUCGAGGUCGCGUGAGACUCUAAGUCUGCAGCAAAAUUUGCCUCACGAAUGA